GACGGUGCUAGCAUAACCAUUGGCUAUAGAUUCCUACUACUGGGAGACAAUAUUCACUGAAUUUUAAAUAACAAAAGUUAAGAUGUUUUUACAUCUUACUGUGAAAAUGUAACAUUAAAAGGAAACAAAGAAAUCUCUGCAUGACCAGACCAAUUUGUCUAGGGAGAAAUCAUGCUAAGCAAGUCACAAAAAAGAAUACGCGCAAAUAACGUCCAAUAGAAAACGAUGAUGCAUGUCCUAUUUUGCCGAGAACAUCCGGGCUAGCUAGAUGUAUGUUCGGAACGCCAUUUCCAUGUUCUUCGGCGUUGUUGUUGUCUUGAUUAUUUUGGAGCUUAUCGUUUAGCUCCAUUUUUCGGAAUGCAUUUUGGGACACAGAAGAUUUGCAGCUUACAUUGCUGCUGUUUGGAGUACUUAGUAUUUUUGAGCAUUUUUGAUGAUUGGAAAAACAAAAACUGAGUCUCAAGUGCAAAAUGACUCGAAACUCUUGUUUUGGUGUUGUUUAUGUGACCAUCAUUCUUCAUCAAAGCUUGGCAGUGUUUCCUAAAGAAGAUUUGUCAUCAGCUGCCAGAACAGCAGAAAAUGACUUCAUAGGCACACAGCGAUGCGAGCGCUAUGACAAGAGCUGUAACCCUGAAACAACAAACUGCGAAGUGGAAGAGUGUGAUCCUCCUUCCAGUACAUAUCUAAAUUUGUGUUAUGCAUCAUGGUCAAACACCUCAGAUGGUGUGCAAAUUCUUCGCAAAGGGUGUUGGAUGGGGGCUCCAGAAUGCCAUGGAAAGCGUCAGUGUAUUCAACGAGACACUGACCCUGUGCGAUUUGUUUACUUCUGCUGUUGUGAGGGGGAUUUCUGCAAUAGGAAUAUUACUUUCCGUAGUGAUGUCGGUAGCUCUGUUGACAAAAGUAGUACCUCAUUGCCUCCUGUUGUCAGAAAGGGAGAUGGCUCUCAGCUAGUCAAGGCUGUGUUAUACUCAAUUGUUCCCAUUAUUGGAGGUGCUGUGAUCAUAGUUGCAGUCUUUUUCAUGUGGAAACGUCAUCAGCGUCAUUUAUACUUGGGACAUCAGCAGCUGCCAACUAUAGAGCCAGGUUUUGUCUCAACACCAUCAGAAACAUCACUUAAUUUGGAGAAAGUGGAGCUUAUUGAGCUACGAGCACGAGGCAGGUUUGGAUCCGUGUGGAAAGCCCAGCUGCUGAAUGAAUUAGUGGCUGUCAAGAUAUUUCCACUGCAGGACAAACAGUCAUGGUUGACUGAACAGGAAAUAUACAACUUGCCACAAAUGAACCACGAGAAUGUCCUCAAAUUUAUUGCAAGCGAGAAACGAGGGGAAAAUCUGCACAUUGAACUGUGGCUGCUGACAGAAUUUCAUGAACAUGGAUCAUUAUAUGACUAUCUCAAGGGCCAUGUUCUUACAUGGUCACAGCUGUGCAAGAUUGGAGAGAGCAUGGCACUUGGACUUGCAUUUUUGCAUGAUGAGAUUCCAGCAACUGCAGUGCAUGGUUCUAAACCAGCAGUGGCUCAUCGUGAUUUCAAGUCCAAAAAUGUACUGCUGAAAUCAGAUCUAACAGCUUGCAUUGCAGAUUUUGGUCUUGCUCUGAAAUUUGAACCUGGCAAAGGGCCAGGAGAAACUCAUGGCCUUGUUGGCACACGACGCUAUAUGGCUCCUGAAGUCUUGGAAGGGGCCAUCUGUUUCAACCGUGAUGCUUUUCUGCGUAUUGAUAUGUAUGCCUGUGGUCUAGUCCUGUGGGAACUGCUUAGUCGAUGCAAUGCUGCAGAAGGACCUGUGGAGGAAUAUCAGCUUCCUUUCGAGAAUAUUCCAGAGAUAGGCCAGCACCCAACACUUGAAUCCAUGCAGGAAUAUGUAGUGAGCCGAAAAAUGCGUCCACCCAUGCAUGAGCAUUGGAAACGACAUCCUGGCAUUAUGAGCCUGGUGUGUACUGUUGAAGAAUGUUGGGAUCAAGAUGCUGAAGCACGGUUGUCGGCAGGCUGUGUUCAGGAACGAAUUGCUGCUUUUGCUCGCACAUUCAACAUGGUUACUGCAGCAAGUGGAGUGAUGCUUCCUACCUCCCAAUACCCGCCAACUUUGCCUCCAGCUUUGCAGUCGUCAGGACUAACUAUGGGGCAGACUCCACCAAGCUCUAGUGACUCUGUGAUUUCAUUCUCGUCAUCUUCAGACAUACCUCCAAAGGAUUUGGGCAGUUGUUGACUGCCUAGAAAGGAGAGGUGACAAGCUUGUUGAAGAGCACCAUCACUACAGAAAUUCAAUGCCAAAAGUAUGUUGUGCAGGUAGAGAAGGUCAAUCACUUCAUGCCUGCAUAUUACCUCUUAUAAUGUAAUGGGAAACAGAUCAGAAAUUCUCUCCUUCUGUUACUCCCAACCCAAACCUUUUACAUCCUACAAGCAAUGAAACUGCAUACUUUUUGAGUAGGAUUACCAAGCCCUAUUUAAGAUUGUGACGUUUUUUUAAAUUUUUUUUUGGCGAGGGUAGGAAAGGGCACAGAACUGCUUUAGGAUGAAUUACCAGAUGAAGUGUCACCAGAAAUAUUUAUUGGGUAUAAAUUGAUGACUUUUAGGAGUACCGCAUGGUUUCUGAACAACCAAGAAUGAUGUACUUUAAUGUGUUUUGUGGACAUGGCUUUGUUUCCUUGAAGCAAUCAAAGUCCCCACUCCCAAUCCUUCGUAUUUAUAUCAGGGAAGGAGUUUUCUUUUUAAUCUAAUGCUAAAGGGUAUGUGCUAAAAGAAUCGAGGCUUAAAUAUGUGAUAUCAAGGAAGAUUUUCAUCAGGAAGGCUUGUACCCUCAAAGUUUGUGGUGUCAUGACAAUUUCCUUGCAUUCAGCACUGGAUCAGGGAGCAGUGUGGCAGCAUGUUAAUAAAUGAACAGAUUCUGUUUCUGUUAAACAUAUAUCUGUACAACAGUUGGCUCUUGAUGAGCAGGGUACUUGUUAAUUGCCAAAAUAAGAGAAAGAAAACAAAGUGGACAAACACGAAGGUUAAUGAAGCUGUGUUAAGAAAUGUUGGUUUAAUUCUGUGUCAGGGGACUUGCAUAUUGCAUUAGUUUGGCUUUAGAAGGCUUAGUGAUGAGAACUGAUCAUCCACUUUGUAAGGUUUUUUUUUUUAUGCAGUGAGGAGUUCAGAAAUGAUCACCACCCUACUGGCAGUGCACGAUCAAUUUGUGCACACCCAUGCAGAGAUGUUGUAAACUUGUGUUAGCAAGGCUAUAUAUAAAAUGAUGAAGUCACAGGCUGAAGGAGUUCCUGAGAACAGCACAUGAUUUCUUGGUUGCAACAUAACUGUCUUUAGCCUGCAGCUUCAAGUAUGACAUAUGGUGAGCUACAACCAGCUGUAUUUACUGCAGCCAACAGCUGUUGCAAGAAGUUCUUUUAUUUGUUUGUGACAAGAGUGGUUUUUGAGUCUUUGGUAAUAAAAGAUGUAGCACUCCCCACUUCCCCACACCUUCUUUUAGAAUAAUGUUGCACUGUCAUUCUGGUUCAGUAUUAACAUGAGUAAGGCUGUUUCCCUUGCAUACAAUAACAUUUAUAUAUUGGUUUUUUUUUUAAACAGCUAGAUCCAAAACAAACACAAUUUGUAGCUGUGUUCAGAGAGGAAAUCUUGUCAUUCACAAACCUAUAGGAACCUAUCUUAAAUCUUUUGCUGCUUGCUGGUGAAGAUCCAAAAAAAGAAGUUUGGACAGAGUGCCACACUUGCAGCUUCACUGACAUCUUUUUGUACCUACAUGUUCAUAUAUUUAACUGGAAACUUCAUUUCUGUGUGUUGAGCACUUAAGUAGCUGGAAGCAACUUUAAUGUGUUGAAGUUCCACCUUUGGUUCUGUAGUAAACAGCAUCCCUUUAAAGCUAUGGAAAACAACAGGGAAAAAACCCCCACUUCCUGUAGGGUAUGGUUUGUUUCCAUAGGGCAUAUUUAUAUCAAAAGAAGUGUAACAUAAUCCCUAAUGACAGGUAGAUUUUCUAGAGCUGAUCAAGGCCAACAUACCUGUGGUAAAACAAGAAGCUAGUCAUGACAUUACCACGACGAUUUUUUCCCCUCGCUAAACUUCUACCUCUAUGUCAGCCAGUUAAAAGAAUCAAACAACCUCAGCCUCUGUACCUCAGCAGUGCAACCUAAUUAGAAGCAUGGGAUGACACUGACACUAGUGUUGGGCAAUGAAAGAUGUAAAUUAACACUUCAGUGCAGGGCAGUCAGGUUAUAGUGCUGCCUGUUGAAUGUAGGAUGUUAACAGGAUGAUGAUUACACGGUUACAAGUAGACAAAUUAGAUCUAAACAGGUCUCAGUUUAAAUGGUUAAUCAUGUAUGAAAGAUAACCAGUCUCUUUUUAUGUUCUGCAUCAAGUUUCCAAAAUCUGUACCAAAGUAUUUGCAGAAUUUUUCAUCUGGCAGAAUCAGAGACUGAUCUCAGUCGUAUUCUUAUUCUUUUUUAUUUCAGUGAUAUGUAAUGGGUGUGAAGAAGUCUGUGGUAACUGUAAAAUCUUAAAUGGGUUUUCUGUGUAGUGUAGCUUUUAUUUGUACACUUUAUGUUGCUGAUCACCAUCAUGGCAAGUUACCUCCCUUUCAGGUCAGUUUUCUCAUGUGCCAUAAAGCUGUAUUUGACUUAUACUUGUCCAUCAUUUUUGGGUGAAGGUUGAUGGAUAGAUGUCAGUGAUGUUAAUUUGCUUACUAUUUUGACAUGAGUUCUUGUUGAAAGUGAUAGUCAAUGGUAUUGCAGGACAUAAUUUGGUAUCACUUUCCUUUUCCUGGUUCUCAGGUAUCAGGCAGCUUACGGACAGUGCCUUUUUGUUGCUGUAGUUUUGGUUUCAACUUCAGAGGGAUCUUGGCCAUUUGCCAGUGAGGGCAGAGUUAGGAGGGUCACUACUUGCUGUUAGCAUAUCAAGUGAGUCAUUGGCAUGGCAGUGGUAGUUUUAUAGUAAUACAGAGUUCCCAGAUUUUAUUAAGUAUAAGUGGAUCCUCUGCCUUUAGCAUAUCAGAUUAUUUUAGGUUGUGUGGGAGUUGUUUUUUUUUGGCAUAUUCUUUGAAGUUUUGUGUAAAGGGCAAUGGGUGACUAGUUAAAGCCUCUUGUAUGCCAAAACAUGCAAAAGUUCAUUUCUUUUUAACACAGAUGUUAAUCUGUUUACAUAGACACAAUAGCAUGCAGCAAAAUGGCAUAAAAAGUACAGGAAGAAGCACCAUACAACCGGGCUGUAUUAUUAGAAUAAAUAAUAUUGAGUUUGUAACAGCAGUGAGUGAGAGUUUAUUAUUUCAAUGCACAAGCUGCAGCAUUAUGUUGCCUCCACUCAGGGCAGAGAUGUAACAUCUCUUAGUGCACGAAGCUGAAUGUAAUUAUUAAAUUGUUUUAGGUAUAUAUAAAAUAUUAUGACAGCUAGAUAGGACAAAAGAUUCAUUUUGAUUGACUGUACAAUUCUGAUGGUAGUGUGACAGCUGUCAUAUUGAAAGAGAAAUCUUAAUGCGACUUAAGAAUCAGAGUAUUGUCUGGUGUUUAUGGUGAUGAGAAAUGUGUAAUUCCACUCCCCACUUUUAUUUCUGGUUUCUAAAGACUUUGUGUGUGUGUGUGUGUGUAAAAAUGCAUCUGUUGCACACACUUGCAAUAACCACCCCAUUGGAUGAUACUUUGUUGUAUUGAGGCUUUAGAUGUACAUUGCUGUGUAAUUUAAACUUAGGAGUCACUCAUUUAUUGUAGGUUUUCUUGAGAUUUCUCCUUUCCUGCACCAUCCACCUGUUGGAACAACUAUUUUCCCUUCUUCCCUCUUUAAGACACAUACAUACCUCAUGACUGCAAGUGCUGAAGUUUGUUCAUGUAUGGUAGGAAUCUAUGUUUAUUAACAACAUCGCCUUCCAACUCCAUUUGAGCUGUUUACAUUAGAAUACCUUGUUGCAUAUGUCAUACAAUAUUGUACACACCAAAGGCCUCUACACAUGGUUAACAACUGUUUAUGUUAUAAAAUGUAGAUCCAUGAUUACAUUAAUGAAAACCUAGCCUGCAUAGAGUUUAAUAUUUUAUACAUUUGAAAGGUAAAGAGUCUCAAGUUUUACAGAUUUAGAAGUUAAUUCAAAUUCAGAUUCCUAGCCAAAAUACCUUGGUGAUAAAUUACUACCUUGUAUACAAGAUAUAGAAGGCAUUGGAUUACUUCUCAUCACUUUAAUAUCCUGAAAAGCAUAGACAUUUUUCAUCAUAGGCUCUAAAACCUCCUCAGUGCUAAUUUUUACCCCCACCUUUUGCAUUAUUAUCUUUGAAACUGUAUCUACUGAAAGAAAGGGUGAAGACACCACCAGCUUCGGUUGCACAAGAAAUUGAAGACUUGCUCUUUAAAACCUAGUAAUAGUAUUUACAUAAUGCCUAAUUGAAAAAGAAAUGAAGUAAUACUGGGUGUUUCAAGACUUAUUUGUGGAUUGACAUGGUUGUCCAGCUGUCCUGUGAAAAUCAAGAUUGAACAGCCUGUUUAUGCCAAGACUUUACAGGGUUAAGUCUUAAAAAAAUAAAUAUUCUUGACAUCUUGAGAGAUCAGGUAUUCAUCCUGGAGCCUGAAUCCAAAAAUCAUAAUGGUCGCACUUGACUAGUUAAAGCAACACUUGUUAAAAACCUUUCAAAUUUUGCCAUUCUCCUCUUGCCUAUCCCAGAUGAUAAUUGAAUGUGACAAGGCUGAUUUAUGUUGUUCAUGUAAUAGUAUAUGUCAAACCUGCAUUGGGUUAAUGCUGUGUUUGACCUCAUGCCCAUUGAGAAGUUUUCAGGUUCCACAGAUUGAAAGCUGUUAAGUGCUCGAACCUUUUUGAAUGUCCUGCCUGUAAUUGGAUUGACCUUUAAAUUUUUGCUGAUGACAGUGCUGAGGCUGCAUGUCCCAUAUCUGUAUGCAAUCAGCAUGGAAUCAUUUUUAAUUGCAUCACGAAAGAGAAUUGUGCAUGUUGCACAUUCACUGGUCCCAUUCCCCUGUUUAAAUGUUGUGUAGGGGAAGGGGCUUGAGGGGUAAACAGUACUGUUAAUGCGAUGUAAAGAUAUACGAGAACUACUUAUGAUUGGAAUGUCUGAGUGACUUCUGUAAUGGCUAAUCUUUUAGUCUUGUCUUUUUUCUUUCCUUUAUUUCUUUUUGAUUUUCUUUUUGGGGGAAAGGAUUAGCCAGGUUGGAUGAGUUAGGGUAUUUGGUUCUUUUUUUAUUUUUUUUUUUAUUUUGGUACAUAAAUCGUGAGUGCUUUGUGUAAAAUUAUAUCUAAAAGGCAGGGACAAUAGCAAUGUAAUUUGAACUCAGGUGUUUUAUUGUAUUUUGAGAAGCAAAGAAAUGUCAAGCUUAUAAUGCACUUUUAUUUAUUUUACUGUUUUCUAUAGGAAUGAGUUGUGGCAAAAGUCAGUCUGCUGUGUGAUUACUGUUUGCCUUCAAUUUAAAAAAAAAAAAAAUGAAACUGAUAAUCUUAGUGAAUAAAAUGGGAUUUUUGUUUAUGGAUCCACCCACCAGUCCUGUGGCUUUUGUAGUAUAAUGGUUGCUCAGUGUCUUUACACAGCUUAAAACAUUGUAAUUUGGUGGGUAACGACUACACCAGAAUUGGAUUAUUUCUGGCAGUCUAAGGCAGAAGAUGAGACAUCUCUCUUCUCUCCCAGUGUUUCACUUCUGUUAUGCAGAUUGUAAUUUCUUAACUCUUAAAGACAGCAUUUUGAUCAGCAAAAGCAGCUACAUGGUCAAGUUUCUCAUAAAGUUAUAACUUUACUGUUGAUUUGUUUGAAUUUAAACGUGUUUCUAUGCAGACAUUGUUACCUCGAAUCAUUGUGACACAUGUACAUCCCAAUGGGGUGGUUUUUUUUUGUUCUUAUCUUUUUACUUCUUUGGAUCUGCCUCCCUUUCUUUAUCUUUUGCAGUCAAUUGUUUCUCCCUCCUGCUACUGCCUAGCUGAAUCUUGUUGAAGUACGGGUCUCAAAAUUUCAUCAUUAACUAUUACACAUAAAAAACUAGUCUUUCUUCCUCUGUUUUGAAUUCUUCCCCCACUUCCUCUUUUUCUUAUUCUCUCACACACAUUUUCACGCAUUUGGUUAACUUACUGAUAAUUGGAGAACUUAUGUAUGUCUGCAUCUCUUAUAGCAAUUUGUUAGGGUUUUUUUAAAUUUUGGGUUGGAUAUACUGCUGAAAUCCCAUGUUAGAUAAAUUCCUUGGAUUCUUUGUCUGCUUAGCAUUCUUUUUACAGAAAAUUGUCAGAUGAAGGGGUGGAUAAAAUGUAAUGAUUGGGAAAAAACAAGUUUAGAUAUCAUUACUAGAUCAGAAGAUGCAAUAUUGAUCAGUUUUUGUGUUUUAGUUGUUUUGCUACAUAUGCCAUCUAAAAUUAUUGUUUCAAGUUGAUGUAAUUGUUCCUGAGUCAUAAAAUGUAGUGUCAUAUACAAAUCAUUAAUGGUAUGAUUUUCAGAUGUGGGAGGGGGGUGAGAGGGGGAGAAUAUACUGGUUGGGAGGAAAAUAAAGUAGGAGUGAACUUUUUGAAAGAGUUUUUACAUGCUGUUUGUUUUCUCCCUCCUUCCCCAAUUCCUCAGGAAAUUUUUAAACAAGAAAGUACACCAUGAGAAAGAUUGUAUUUGCCUGCUGCAAACAUUUUGUAACAAAAAGAGUAGUUCCAGAAAGUGAAUAUUGUCUAAAAUGUGCUUGUUCAGAUUUAUCUAGUGAUAGAAAGUGAAUUGUUAAGUAAAUUGUAAUGCUUGCAGACCUGGAACUCUUUAGAUUAAUGUUUUGUUUUCAGUGAAAAGAUGCCUCAAGCAAAUAACACUGCAGCAAAUAAUAACAGUGAAGUUGAAAAUAUGUUUGUAAUGUUUGACAGUGUAGUGGCAUUUCCAAUGACCAUGGAUUUUCUGUAGUGGCUGAUGUGGUAAGGAGCAACUUAAGUUUCUGGCCAUCUUGGCUUCAUUGCACCAGAGGUUAUGUCUUGAGUUUGUCCAUGGUUUCAUAUAGUGUUACUUAGCUACCACUGUCAUUGGUGGUUAGCAGGGAAGGUAAUGUUUGCUAGUUACUUCGCUUGUUUUGCAGUUGUGGUGCGUUCAGUUUUGAGAAGUUGUAGUGGUGCAAGUUGUUUUUACUUUUAAAGUACAUGCAGUACUGGGUAUGGUCUCUUGCACUUCACAAUUGUACAUCGCACAUUUGGUCACUAAUGAAGUAGUCACUCUCCCCAGUAGCAUUUUCUGGCGUAUGACAAAUUAUUGUGUACAAUCGCUACUCUUGGUUUGGUGAGGUCAUAUUUACGCAUUUUUGUGAACAUAUACAUCUUUUGUUUGACUGUAAAAUGUCACCAUUAUUUAAAAAUAGUUACUAGGAAGUUGAUGCUAAAACAAGUGUAAGGUUUUGUGCCUUUCACUUAGAGGAGUAUGAAGCAGUUAUUUUAGUUACUAUACAUGUAUACAUAUUUUGUCUUUUUGUUUUGCUUCAUAUCCAAUAUGUGUGGAGGACUCUGCAUACUGUACUUGGUUUGUGAAUAAGGACAGUUUCUGUGUUGUGUUCCUUACAAAAAAAUACACAGCUAUGUGACUGUGAGGUUACUGUGGAACAUUAGGAAGCAGGUGUCUUCCCAAGCUAUAUCAGCAGAUUUGUGUGGAUUUAAAAAAAAUUCUGUAAUUACUUUAAGGUGAUGUGCUUGAUUUUUGUAUAUUCCCUUUGAUAUGUGUUUUUUGAGCCAUCAGAUUUGCAUAGGAGAGAAAGAGAGAGAGCAUGGACGAACCAGCACCAUGGGAGAUUUCUAUUUUUGAUACAACAUUUGCUGCUGGUUUGUCAGCAUCUGUAGCUCUCUUUCUCUCCUUUUCAUUUGCUAAGUCUGCGGGUUUUGUUUUGGAUGUCUGUGCAAAAUCGUCACAUCUCCCCUUUUAAUAGGGGUUUUUGUGUAGCCCUAUAGUGCUACUUCAGGGAUGGCUACUGUUAAAUGUUUACUAAAGUUCACAUUUUCUCACCCACCCACCCCCAAACACACACACACACCCCAAUGUCUGGUUUAGUUCACUGCAAGACACUUAUUCCUAAGUCUGAGCAAAAGACUUGUGUUCUGUGCAUGAAACUGGCAUAUACGCAUCAAGAUGUGCAGUAAAAGAUGUUGGUAUUAUGUUGGUUUAGUGCCAGUAAUUAUUGAUAUGCUUCCAGCUUCGCUAUUGGCAUUGGCCUUGGUGAUGUUGGUGCAGUUAUAUACUUAAUCUUGCUUUAGUGGUACUUCCUGCACCCAUGAGAUCUUCCUUUCUGUCAGUUGAUGAUAUGUUUGUUGAUGACUGUGUUUUUUCUUUCCCUAUCUUCAAUAGAUUUCUUUUGCUAUUGAAUUGGCAGUGAAUGGUACUUCUGCCAAAUUCUGUACUUUUCUAGAUCUGUUUUUAAAUAUAGCAGAUGGAUUUUGUUUUUAAGUUUGGCCACAUUAUCAUUAAGAUUUAUUUUAGGUUUCAAGGUUUUGCUAUAUAUUUUCUGUCUUCCAGCAUUUACUUUUGCAGCUUACAACUGAAAGGAUGCUGCUUCUGUAUAUCCUAGUUUCGAAUUCAUUCUUGGAAGUUUUUAUUUUCAGGUAUCGCUAAGUUACCUCUUUACUGUCAACUUAGUUGUAUUUGUUAGCUUUUCUAUUUUGCCUUAUUAAAAUCAUGUCUUAAAGUCUGUCAGUAGUAACAAUACAUGCUUGCUCAAGAUUAGUUGUGGUGAUGUCAAAUGUUGCUAGCUGUUAGCUUGUUGCCACAUACAACUUUGCAGUGAACAUCUGUGUACACAUUGCUCAGGUGCUCUUGUUGCAUUUGUCUCUGUGUGUACAGUGUUGUGACCUCUGUGCAGGCAGGUUUGUGGAUUUUGAAGGCCUUUAUCUCUGAACAGAAUUGAGCUGGUUGCUCAAACUUGGGAUACUAUCAAUAGCUGUAAUGAGCUUAAACCAGACAUUUCAAACAACAAGUUUGCACUCUGCUAAGUCUUUAAAAAAAAAAAAAAAAAAUUCAAGAAAAUGUAAAAUCUAUCUGGGAUUGAGGGAAUGGCUGUUAAAUGCUCUGCCACUCCACAUCCCAGUCAGGCAUUUAGUUAUCUCUGUAUACACAUCAUCACACGUGUUGUCAAUAAUCAUUCUGUAAUGUGGCAUGUAUCAAUUAGUUGAUUUGAUCUUUUUUCCUCUGGUCUUCUGUGUUUAACCGACAUGUUCCAGGGAAGUGGAUGAGAGAAAAUAGGAGAACCAUCAAAGAAGACGAGAACAUUUCUUUGUCGGCAACUUCUGCAUAUUUAAACAUUGAAGAGGCCAGUCUGCAGAUGAGAAAUGGGCAUUUUCUUUUUCUCCUGUUUAGAAGUUUGGGUAUCAGAAGCCAGUAAAUUUCAUGUCUCAGAGUGAAAUGUCAAUAUGAGCUGCAGGGAAAGUAAUUUGAAAAUGUCUUCAUGUAUAAAAAAAAAAAUGUAAACACACGCAGUAUGUUGUGCCUCAAAACCAUUUAUUCAUUAUCAUUUAAACUUUUGGUCUCUGCUGUGUUGUUUUUGUUUUUGUUUUUUUUUUGUUUUGUAAUUAUUUUCUAAACCUCAGAUUUAAUUAUCAUUGCAAUUGUUUUUGAGGCCAAUGUUUUUACGGGUCAUUUAACUUGCAGACAUGCAUUGCAUCUUGCUGAGAAGCCUUUUAUGAGCCAUGGUGGCAACAUGAGGCAAUGCACAGCAUCAUUUGAGAGUUACAUCGUAGUAAUAUAUUACAAACCUCUUUCAUCAAGGCUGUAAAUAGAAUUGUGUAUGUAUAGUUACUGUUCAUAGAGUGGUCAGUUCAAUAAACUUUUUUUUUAAUCUUAGAUGAGGUUAUUGAUGAUGGACUGCAGGUGUGGAUGGGUGUGCAUGCAUUGAGUGAAGCAGAGUUCUGUCAGCAUGUCCAGGGACUGGCAUUACAGACUUAAAGAGCACAAAAUGAAUGUCAACAGCAUAACUUUGACAUUGCGAUCUUCAGAGACCUAUGAUGAACCACCACAUAUUAAACACAUUACAAACCUCAGAGAUUUGAAUGGACAACAUAUGUGGACUGUCCUUGCAUUGUUGUUGGUUCUACAUUGAUUUUGGCGACCUUUGCUGGAUUUUUUAGAUCUGUGCUUUGUGAUGACCAACAAUUAGCUAAAUUGUGGUGCCCUCUAGCCAGCAGUGGAACUUUUUAACUGUGCAGUUGUUUGCUCGCUUUAGGAGUUCACUGUCGUCAACUGCCCAGUAAUAAGCUGUGGCAAACGUUUUAUUUUCUAUUAUUUCUUUAUUUGGUUUGUUGGACCUGUGUCCUGUUGUGCUGUGGUAUCUCAUCACUUGGUCAUUAAAAUAUCAAGGAAGCUACA